UGCAAAACCAUACAUUUUUCUUUGAAACAGCCAUCUGAAUAUAAUACAUACGCAGACAUUGAUGCUGUAUAUAAAUGCCUCAAGGAGCAGUAUGGCGUCAAAGACGAACAACUGAUACUGUACGGUCAAUCUGUCGGCAGCGGUCCCACAUCUGAUCUUGCCUCGCGUCUCCCUAACUUGAGAGGUGUUGUUUUGCAUAGCCCGAUUUUAUCAGGGCUGAGGGUCUUGUACCCUGUAAAACGUACAUAUUGGUUCGACAUUUACAAGAAUAUCGACAAAGUCGGUGCAAUAAACUGUCCAGUUCUUGUUAUUCAUGGAACUGCUGAUGAUGUUGUUGAUUGGUGCCAUGGGAAGCAGCUUUGGGAGCUUUGCAAGGUAAAGUACGAGCCUGUCUGGAUAAAAGGCGGCGGGCAUUGCAAUCUUGAACUAUAUCCCGAUUUUAUUAAAAAAUUGAAAAAGUUUAUACAAACACUCGGAAAAUCAAAACCGUUACUCAAUGACUCUGUGGCAACAUCACUAGAUUCCGACAGUAAGAAUAAAUCUGGCGAAAGCGAUAAUAACACGGACACGUUUGUUGAGUUGCAACCAGAAGUUUCUAGAAACAGUUUGGACAGCCGGCUUGACAAGUCGAAGAAGUCAACCAAGCCUGAAAAAUCGAGAAUGAGUACAGAUAACGUCGACUGGUUCAGGAGAAGAAAAGGCUUGAUCUGGUGAUAUAAUAUUAAAUAUUUAUUACAAUGAGAAGCUAAUGUUACAACACUAUCUAUGUCUGUGCGGAUUGACAAAGUAUGUCUCUACUGGUUGAGCUUUGGCUCCUAUUUAUUAAAUUAUAUCUCGAUUUUUAUAUCAUUCGAUCCCGAUAAAUAUAAAGAGUAGUUUUACCCUGUAAAAUAUUUUGAUGUGAGCAUAUUGUGGUUUUUACUGUUUGAUUCCCUCAA